AUGACUCAACAACAAACCAUCAAAGAACUCAUAAAUCACUUAGAACAACAACAACAACAAAUCAAAGAACUGCAAGAUGCUGUUAAGACGCUCACACAAACAGUACAGCAAUUAAUUGAAGUUACAAAACCAACUCAACCAAAACCUGAACAAUCAACAAUUAAAAUUUCUCAAGCUCAAAAUGAAGCACGAAAAAUUCACCCUCAACCAAAACCUGAACCAACCCAACAACCAAAACAGGAAACUAAACAUUUAGAAACUCCUCGAGGGGAUAUCAAAGAAAGGAAGGGUAGUUUCAACAAUAAGUCCACCCAAAAAAAAAUUCCACUCACAAGCAACAUGCUGCACAAUACAAUCACCCCAACAACAAUCGAAUACGAAGACACGGUCGAAAUCGAUCCUGUUUUUGAUGAAGAAGUAUAUAAUACAAACUCCGAAGAUGAAAUUGAUGAUGAUAAGCUUGGUUUGCUCACUGAUGUAUGUAAUUCUAUUUCUAAGCCAUCAAAUGUAGGAGAUAAUUUUUUACAAAUUGAUGGUAAAAUUAUCAAUUUGAAAGAAAAUGAAUAUAUAAUUCCGAGAGGAAAUGUUCACAAAGUAACAACGAAUCAGCAGCAAUUGAGAUUUAAUAAUUAUUUCUACAGCAAGCACAAAACAUUUGCUCACUGUAUUACCUAUAAGAUUGAAUGUUUACAAGAUUUGUACACCAGACAAGAUCUAUCAUGUACUAAAUCUCAAGAUCAAUUUGUAAGAUGGGUACAAGGUUUUCCACAUUUCCUUUUUAUUUAUGGAUCCAAUUACCAAAUUAAUAUCUUAAAAGAAGUGACUGAGGAAGAUCAAAUCUAUGUUGAUGGAACUUUUGACGUGUGUCCUAAAGGUUGCGAGCAAAUGAUUACUAUUCAUGUAAGGAAAAAGGGAAUGGAUGCGGCUGUUCAUGUUUUAUCUAUUUUCGCACAAGCUAAGUCAGAAAUAUUCUAUACAUAUUUGUGGAUGGUGAUUGCAAACUUAAUUGUACCUGAAUUAUUGCAAGUUCGAAAAUUAUUUGUUGCUUGUGAUUUUGAGCAAGCUAUGCACAAAGCUCUUAGAAUUAUUUUCCCAGAUGUAGAAAUUGUUGGAUGUCAGUUCCAUCUCUUGCAAGCAGUGUCAAGAUGGAUAAGAAGAGAAUUACCUGCGAACAAUCCACUAAGAAAUAGAGAACUUCUUAAGACCUUUAAAUCAGAACUAAAAGACCUUGCACGAACUAUAAUGACUGAACAAAUGUUCAACAUCAAAAAGGAGGAAUUUUUAGCAACAUGGAGAAGUGUUGCAGGUGAAAAGUUGUGGAGGUAUCUUGUUAGAACUUGGUUUGGAAAUUUGUCCACUAAUGCACUAUUUGCUCCAAAUAUUUGGGCUCUUACAUUCAAAUCAAGAAUACAAGAUUUAGAUUUGACAAAUAAUCAAGCUGAAAUAUUUCAUUCUCGUUUAAAUUUAAAAUUUGCAAGCAGACCUGGACUAAAAAGAUCAGUGAAUAUUCUACAAGAACUUGAAUUUGAAAUAACUAAUAAUGAAAUUGCUAACAAACAAAAGAAAUUGACUACAACUCUAGCACUUCCUGACAAUUCUAUCAACAACGUCAAAAAGAGAACCAACCCUUUCGGUGGCUUGCAACUGGUUAAUAAUGAUAAGUCCAAGAGAAAGAAAAUCACAUUUUCAAACAUCUCUAACACACCAUCUACAGCACUUGCUACAACCAACAUUUCAAAGAGUCAACCUAUUAGAAAUAUUACACUUCAGAAUGAGCCUCUUUCACUUCCCUCACCUGAAUCAUCCAACACAAAUCAAGGUCAAAAUUCAUCAUAUCCAAAUAUUACUCAAAACACAUCCAAUACCAGUUUAAUUUUCGAUAUGUAUAACCCUAACCAGCCAAAGAAAAGAGGAAGAAAACCAAAAUCAACGCCAAACCAACCUUCUCAAUCUUCCCCAACACCAAAUCAAACUUCAUCAAUUAAUAUGACAACUAUUCCUGCAUUACUUCCACCUUUACAGCAGCCUCUACUUCCUCAAUACCCACCAUAUCCUCAAUAUUCAUUAACUCCUCAAUUUCCUCCAUUCAUUCCAACCAACAAUAUUUAUAAUCAAACAACAUUGAAUUACCAAACUAAUGCAACAAUAGCUCCUCCAGACAGCAAGACCAACACUCUCAAUUUAGUCAUUCAAAAUGCCGAAACUCAACAACAAAUACUAAAGAAACUUAAUUCACCAGCCAUGACAGAAAAAACACAAACAAAAUAUUUCACUUCACCAAUGAUUUUUUCAUCAUCUCCAACAACAUUAAUAGCCAAAGAAAAAUCAAUUUCGAACAUCCAAACUCUCAUCAAGUACUCAAUCAAUCAAAAUGAACAAAUGUGCCUAACAUUCAAUCCACAAGAAACCUUGUACAAACUUAAAAUUAACUUUGAUUCCAAGAAUCCCAACACUGAAUUGAUUGAACAAGGAUUUGAAAUUAUCAAAAGAAAGCAAGAAACACAUAUAGCAAAUUGUAUACUCCCUGAAUCAACAAGUGAACUCGCAAUUACCAAAGCUAUUAAAACACUAUGCAAGAACACAACCAUCAAAUUCGAAAAAGAGAGACUCAGUAUUAAGAAAAAGGUAAAAGAUACCUAUUCAUACCUAAUUGUUGAAUACAAGCUUAAUGACAUCAAUGAAUUGAAUAGACUAACCUCAACAAGAUUUAUUUGCUCCACAGAAUUGAAACCAAUUUCAAGACAAUUCAAGCCAAAGUCAACCGCAUGA